CUUUUGUUUAACUUUUCUCUGUUUCUCACUUAAUGAAAGCACAACACCUACAUUAAAAUCUCAUGUCUUCUCCUAUAGUACUGCAUUUAAUAUAUCCAAAUUUUCCUACUCUGCUCCCUCCUUCUGCUUCAAUCUCCAAGCUUCUGCCUUUUUCUGCAAAGAUUUUCUUGCCCGCUUUGAUUUUCAAGUACAGAUCUCAUUUAUUUCAAUGUGGGAAUACUUUAUUAUAUAAUCCUGAAAUAAGACAACAUUGUUUUUACCAAAAUCCAUUCUACAUGUUCAUGUGCAUUGUGUUCAAGAUCUCAAUAAACUGAUUUAUUAUCUGUUUGUGAAAUUCUCCCAAUGGAUCUGGUGAGCCAAAAGUUUUAUGCCCAUGAAUCAGAAGCUGUGUCUCCUAUCAGAAGCCCACCAACAUCAAUUUUUGGCUCAUCUUUGCAUCGUUCCCACACUAGUUUUCCUAUUAUAGCAGUUGCCAUUAUUGGCAUUUUAGCCACAGCUUUCUUGCUAGUGAGCUACUACAUCUUUGUGAUCAAAUGCUGCUUGAAUUGGCACCGUAUUGAUCUGCUUGCUCGGUUUUCGUUCUCCAGGAGAAGGCGUGUUGAAGACCCUAUAAUGGUUUAUUCGCCCGCAGCUGAAAGCCGUGGUCUAGAUGAGUCUGCAAUCAGAUCAAUCCCAACAUUUCAAUACAAAAAAGGCAAUGAUAAACAAGAAUUUGCAGAAAAAGGUUCUUCUGAAUGCGCGGUUUGCUUGAAUGAAUUUCAAGAAGACGAAAAGUUAAGAGGAAUUCCAAACUGUGGCCAUGUUUUCCAUAUCGAUUGUAUAGAUGUUUGGCUUCAGAACAAUGCUAAUUGCCCUUUAUGUAGAUCAAGCAUUUCGACCACCAGGCCUAACAUAAGGUUCCCAUUAGAUCAAAUUCUUGGCUCAAGCACUUCACCUCAAGAUCCAAAUCCCAAUACAGAUAGCUUCACCGGAAGAGAUGAAGAUUAUGUAGUGAUUGAAAUCACGGAACGCGAUUCCAACAUCAAUCCAUCGUUGCUUAGUGUUGAAGAAAGAUUGAACUCGAGGGAAUUAUCGUCAUGGGUCAGCCCUUCACCGAGCAAGUUACUAGAACAAAAAGUAUCUCGAAGAAAGGCGAAAGGAUUCAGCCAUGUUUCUAGCAUGGGAGAUGAGUGCAUUGACAGUAGGCAGAAAGACGAGCAAUUUGCAGUUCAAGCCAUGAAGAGGAGAUCUUUCUCUAUGGAUUCAGCAGCUGAUAGCCAGCUAUGUUUAGCUGUUCAAGAAAUAAUUCAACAAAACAAACAAGUGCUUGGUGUAUGUCCCAGUGAAGGUUGCAGUAACAAAGUUAGAUCAUUCUUCUCUUUUGGGCAAGGAAGGGGUUCAAGAAGUGCAGUUCAACCAGUUUCUUUGGAUCCAUAAGGCCAUAUCUUUUACUUAAUUUUAGAAGAAUUAUUAUUUUUUGAUAUAGAAAUAUUAAUAUAAAGAUUUUAGGAUUGUUAGAUUUAUCUUGAGGCUAUAAAAUUAUUGUCUUGUGGAAUAGAAAUUGCAGUUUGCUAUGAA